AUGCCCUCCCUAAGUCGACGAUUGUGCCAUGGCCUGGCGGCAACUUGCGGCCUCGUAGCUGCUGCAUCGGCUGGCAUCUUAAGAUCCCGAUCAACCGAAGGAGUCCAAGUGACUUUCAAAGAACCCGGCAUCUGUGAGACAACACCAGGGGUCAAGUCCUACAGCGGCUACGUGACUCUGCCGUCCACCUCGCUUCAGCCUUAUCCCCAGAAGACUUUUUUCUGGUUCUUCGAGUCAAGAAACGCACCAGAGACGGCGCCUCUCAGUAUCUGGCUGCAGGGUGGUCCCGGUAGCCCCAGUAUCGACCAAGCACUCAGCGAGAACGGCCCCUGCAUUGUGCAGCCUGACUCGAACAGCACCGUUUUGAACCCGUGGUCCUGGACCAACCAUGCAAACAUCCUGUAUAUCGACCAGCCACUGAAGACAGGCUUCAGCUAUGACGAGGCCAUCGAGGGAGUGGUGGAUAUGAUCACGGGCGACAUUUACCCCGCCGAUCAGUGGACGUCUCCGUUGAACUAUACGGCUGUAAAAGGCACAUACACCAGCCAGAAAACGUCUGAUGUGGUCAGCACGACUGCGGUGGCGGCAGAGGCAAUUUGGGAAUUCUUGCAGGUCUGGAUGGGAGAGUUCAAGCAGUAUCGACGAGAUAAAAUCAGCGUCUGGAGUCAGUCCUAUGGUGGUCACUAUGCACCAGCGGUCGCAAACCUUCUCCACACCCGAUCUGAAGCAGCGAAGAAUAAGAAACGGGCCUGCGGCGGAAGCAGUGACCGCAUUGAUAUUUCCGUGGACAGCGUGGGGAUCGUAAACGGCUUCAUCGACUUCCUCCUCCAGGGCGAGAGCUUCACUACUUUUGCCGUUAACAACACCUAUGGCAUCCAGGCUUAUAGCCAGGAAGUCGCAGCGGCGACCUCUGGCAACUUCUCGGGACCCGGAGGCUGCAAGGAGCAGGCGGAGGCCUGCCGGGCGCUGACUCCAAAUGGUUACCGCGACCAGUACGGCACGAAUGCGACAGUGAGCAAGGUUUGCGGAUCAGCAUUCCUGUUCUGUUGGGCCAACGUAUAUGUGCCAUACGAGUCAAUAUCUCAUCGCGAUGGCUUUGAUAUUGCACAGGCGAGCCCCGUGUCCUUCCCGCCUACGUACGCCCUCGGGUAUCUCGACCAGGACUGGGUUCGAGAAGCACUGGGCGCCGAAGUUAAGUAUAAUCAGCAGUACAACCUUGUCCCAGACGGAUUGGACAUUGUAGACAUAGCCGGUGAUCCUAGCAACCCGUAUGUCACCACGAGUUUCAGUGCGAAAUCUUUCUUCUUCACGGGCGAUUUCGUGUUUGGGGGCUUCAGCGAGGACCUAGGUUCCCUGCUCGAUGCGGGUGUCAAGGUCGCCUUGAUCUAUGGCGACCGUGAUUACCGGUGUAAUUGGGUUGGCGGGGAGGCCGUGAGUCUGUCAAUCAACCACCGCGAUAAAGACGCCUUCGCAGGCGCAGGCUAUGCGCAAAUGCACACCAACGAUAGCUAUGUCGGCGGCAUGGUGCGCCAGCACAAGAAUUUCUCGUUCACGCGUGUGUUUGACGCUGGUCAUACAGUUGCGUCCUAUCAACCCGAGACGGCCUACCAAAUAUUUAUGCGGUCCGUUCUCGGCUACGACGUAGCGACCGGCACUAUGUUAUUGAAAGAGACGCCCGAAUACGCAACAGAUGGCCCAGCGAGCGUCUUCAACAUCACCAACACAGCCCCGGCCUCAUCACCGAACCAAUGCUAUGUCCGCGCUUUCCCGUUGGGUUCACGGUGUACGGAGGAGCAACUUGCCGCGCUCCAGGACGGGACUGCCGUUGUGGAGAAUGAUAUCGUUGUCAGCCCGGCUCCGCAAGACGCGCUCGCGGGCCACGCCUGA